AUGCCCAAGUGGCCCCAGCAUUUGGAGGGUGUUGGAUGGUCACUGGCCAUGGCCACUAAAUGCAGGGGAGGGGUGGGCAAGCUCAGAAGCGGCCUGCCAGGCACCAGAGCCAAAAUGAAGACCCCAGCCCCUGGCCGCGCCUGCGGCAUCGUGCUGGUCCUGCUCUCGCUGGCCACCCUCCAGACCCUCAGGGCCCAAAAGAAUGACAUCGACAUCUACAGCCUCACUGUAGACUCCAAGGUCUCAUCCCGAUUUGCCCACACAGUCGUCACCAGCCGGGUGGUCAACAAGGCCAGUACUUUGCAGGAGAUCACCUUCCAGAUGGAGCUGCCCAAGAAAGCCUUCAUCACCAACUUCUCCAUGAUCAUUGAUGGUGUGACCUACCCCGGUAACAUCAAGGAGAAGGCUGCAGCCCAGGAGCAAUACAGCGCGGCUGUGGCGAGGGGAGAGAGCGCCGGCCUCGUCAAGGCCACUGGGAGAAAGACAGAGCAGUUCCAGGUGUCAGUCAGUGUGGCGCCCGCUGCCAAGGUCACCUUCAAGCUGGUGUAUGAGGAGCUCCUGGUGCGGCAUCUGGGAGCGUACGAGCUGCUGCUGAAAGUCCAGCCCCAGCAGCUGGUCAAGCACCUGCAGAUGGACAUUUACAUCUUCGAGCCUCAGGGCAUCAGCUUUCUGGAGACAGAGAGCACCUUCAUGACCAAUGAACUGGCAGAGGCCCUCAUCACCUCACAGAACAAGACCAAGGCUCAUGUCCGAUUCAAGCCGACGCUGUCCCAGCAGCAAAAGUCUCCAGAGCAGCAGCAGGACACAGUCCUGGAUGGCAACUUCAUCGUCCGCUAUGAUGUGGACCGGACUGUCUCCGGGGGUUCCAUUCAGAUCGAGAAUGGCUACUUUGUGCACUACUUUGCCCCUGAGCACCUGGCCACGAUACCCAAGAACGUGAUCUUUGUCAUUGACAAGAGCGGCUCCAUGAGGGGCAGGAAGAUCCAGCAGACCCGGGAAGCCCUCAUCAAGAUCCUGGGUGACCUCGGUCCCCGUGACCAGUUCAACCUCAUCAGCUUCAGUGGGGAAGCAGCCCAGUGGAAGCCACAGCUAGUGCCAGCCUCGGCUGAGAACGUGAAUGAGGCCAAGAGCUACGCCACUGGCAUCCAGGCCCAGGGAGGGACCAAUAUAAACGAUGCGAUACUGAUGGCCGUGCAGCUGCUAGAGAGAGCCAACCGGGAGGAGCUGCUGCCCGCGGGAAGCGUCACCCUCAUCAUCCUCCUCACCGACGGCGACCCCACUGCGGGGGAAACCAACCCCUCAAGGAUCCAGAAGAACGUUCAGGAAGCCAUAGAUGGCCAGCACAGCCUCUUCUGCCUGGGCUUCGGCUUCGACGUCAGCUACUCCUUCCUGGAGAAGCUGGCACUGGACAACGGCGGCCUGGCCCGGCGCAUCUAUGAGGACUCGGACUCCGCGUUGCAGCUCCAGGACUUCUACCAAGAGGUGGCCAACCCACUGAUGACAUCGGUGGCCUUCGAGUACCCAAGCAAUGCCGUGGAGGCGGUCACACAGGACGCCUUCCGGCUGUUCUUCAAGGGCUCCGAGUUGGUUGUGGCCGGGAAGCUCCGGGACCAGAACCCUGAUGUGCUCUCAGCCAAAGUCAGGGGGCAGCUGCACAUGGAGAACGUCACCUUUGUAACGGAGUCCCGCGUGGCAGAGCAGGAGGAGGCGUUCCAGAGCCCCAGAUACAUCUUCCACAGCUUCAUGGAGAGACUGUGGGCGUACCUGACCAUCCAGCAACUGCUGGAGCAAACAGUCUCCACGCUAGAUGCUGAGAAGCAGGCUCUUGAGGCCCGAGCUCUGAACUUGUCGCUCAGCUACAGCUUUGUCACCCCGCUCACGUCCAUGGUGAUCACCAAACCGGAAGGUCAAGAGCAGUCUCAGGUUGCUGAGAAGCCCGUGGAAAAUGAAAACAGACACAGGAACGUCCACUCAGGUCACACUCUCUUCAGAUAUCAUUCCAUGGGAGACAGAGCGUCCAGAAUAACAGGAGGCAGCAGUGCAGACCCUGUCUUUUCUAAAAGAAGAGGCUGGAGAGGACAAGCUGGAGUUUUCGAUAAGCUGUACAGCUUCCCAACGAGAUUAGGACCACCUGGACCUCUUCAUCCUCCUCAUCUUCCUUAUCCAUCCCACCGUACGACCUGGGGACCAACGCUACCAGACGUGAUGUCACAAACAACCACGGCAGCCCCACACCCCGCCCCCAUCCAGCCUCCUUCCGUCAUCCUGCCGCUGCCUGGGCAGAGCGUGGACCGGCUCUGUGUGGACCUCAAGCGCUCUCAGGGACCGACGAACCUGCUCUCAGACCCUGGCCAAGGGAUUGAGGUGACUGGCCACUAUGAGACAGAGAAGGCCCACUUCUCGUGGAUUGAGGUGACCUUCAAGAAACCCCAGCUGCAGGUUCGUGCAUCCCCUGAGCACGUGGUAGUGACUCGGAACCGAAGAAGCUCUGCAUACAAGUGGAAGAAAACUCUGUACUCGGUGAUGCCAGGUCUCAAGAUGACCAUGGACAAGGCGGGGCUCCUGCUGCUCAGCAGCCCUGACAGAGUGACCAUCGGCCUGCUGUCCUGGGACGGCCCUGGGGAGGGGCUCCGGCUCCUUCUGCGGGACACUGACCGCUUCUCCAGCCACGUCAGUGGGACCCUUGGCCAGUUUUACCAGGACGUGCUCUGGGAGCCCCUGGCAGCAGCAGAUGACAGCAAGCGAACACUGAAGGUCCAGGGGCAUGACCACUCUGCCACCAGAGAGCUCAAGCUGGAUUACCAAGAGGGGCCCCCGGGAACAGAGAUUUCCUGCUGGUCUGUGGAGCUGUAGUUCUGAUGGAAGGAGUUAUGCCCACCCCCCAUGCCGCCUGCUGGGUGCAGAUGGCUGCCACCCUGCGACCACAGGGCCACCUGUGGGUCCUGUAACAUCAUGGGGAGAGCCGUCAUGUGUUUGACUCCCCAUAGUACCACCCCAACCAACUGCGUGUUUCGGCCGCAUCAGUGGAGAGGCCCAGGAAGUUGCCUUCCUAGCAGCCAGCCCUUCCUUCGAGCUGCCUGUCCCCUGGAGCAGGGGCUCAUGGAAGCAUGCAGACACUGGUAGCCGUCCGGUUUCUCCUUGGCCUUUACUGUCACAGCCCUCCAUCAGGCCCCACUCUGUGCCUCUGUUCCAGACGCCAGGCAAGCCCUGCCAGCGGUCUCAGUAGGAGCUGGCAUGUCCACUCAGAACAGGUUGGGGACAAUGUAGUCGCUGUGGACGCCGUCAAUCAGCCCUUGCCCAUUGUUGUGGACGAACCAGCAGGCAACAUUUGUGCCAACGCUGAUGUCCUUCCUGUAGUCCUUCUGGGAGCCCCUGGGAGAAAGGAGAGAGAUGCUGUGAUACACGGGGUAGGCAAGAUGGCUGCUGCGCUCAAGGGCCUAAGGUUGAACAGGGGUGUGAAGUUGCCAAUUCUAGGAGUCCAGACUCUGGUCAAGAAUGAGGUCUUGUGGUUACUCCUCCUAGGGGGUCAAAUUUGGCCUUUUCCCAGUGAGAGGGGGCCAGGACCCCAGAGGGAAACAAGGAUGCCCCACAGACGACAAGAGCCAGCUGGGCUGCUGUGCGUGGGCAGAGAGAGCUCCUUCCUCCUGUCUUGUGACAGGGCAGGGUGAGGACGUCAGCAGAGUCUCCUCACCUGGUAACCGUCAGCCGAUGGUUCUUCACCACCAUUGUGGCAUCUGGCUUUGUGGGGUCAGAGCCUGGGUGGACGUCAGACACUUUAAAGUCAAAGGGGUGGAAGAAUUGUCCUGGGAAUAGAAACAUUCACACUGUCAGCCCUGCCACCACCAUACGUGACAUGGCCACUGGCCUUCCAAGGUCGAUGCAAAGGCUGGAUGGGGUGUUGAGCCCUGGGACCAGGGUGACUAGGCUGGCCCUUUGCGUGGCUGUUUCCCUCCACCAUGUGGCCUGAACAACCUGAGGCUUGAACAUUUCGCACCCAGCAGCCCAUGUGUCUGUGCUGACAUCCGAUGACUGUCGACCACAUAGAAGCCCAGGAAGUCAUGGUGGAUGGGUUGUUUCUUCCACACCUGAUGCAAGACAACCACAAAAGUAACCCCAUCUCCAAAGGAGACCAGCAUGUUCUUCUUCCUGUUGAUCGUCACAGACAGCCUAGGAGAGAAGAGGAGGUCAGCAGUGAGGCCUAGUGGCCGUGACACCAGGCAUCUGAAUCAAGGGUAUCUCAGCAGGAGACAUGACACCUGAGAGCACACAGACUCCAGAAACCAUGUCAGGGGUGUUGGAGAGAAGACGCUCAUGCAUGUUGACUAUUCACUCCACUGAGUGGGUCCCUGCUCCUCUCUAAGCAGGAGAGGGGGCUGUCCUGGGGGUCUGAAGGCCCGGGAUUGAACCCCAACUCGACCACUGGCUUCCUGUGUGACAUUGGGCCAGUUCUGCCCCUCUCUGAGCCUCCGUGGAACUAACACCGCUGCCCUGCCCACCCAGCUUGGGGUGAUCUGAAGACGUAGGAGAGGCUGAGGAGUUUGAGAACAAGCAAGUUCAGCCAGACACGAUGCACGUAGGGAUCUUUGUCGCUAUCAGCUUGCUUGCCAGGUCCACCUAAUGCUUUCGUCCACACAGCCCUUCCCUCAAGGUCAGUCCUAUGAAUUGUCUAGCUACCAAUACUGCCUCUGAUGGGGGCCCCAGGGGUUGGUGGGGGGGCCACCAUGGUCACCCUCCCCUAGGCAGGGGCUGAACUCUGAGGCCACUGGUCUUUCCUGUGAGCCCUGUGGAUCUUCUCUCCUGCGAUUUGUUCAAAUCCCUCCUUAGACCCUUGCGCUAUAGCACCUCUCAGAGACCCAGUAGUGGGGCUUUACCCAUCCUGUGUGACCAUGACUGUGUCCAGCCAGCUGAACGUGCUCUGUGCAGCCCCAUGCCACAGGGUGAUCGUCUCCGGUGUCACCUCAAUCUGGAAGUCCAUCUGAGCAUUGGCAAUGCCCAGCUUGCCAAAGACCCCCCAACCAUCUGCCUGUCCCAGAGAGCUGAUUCAGGAAAGACUCCGGAGGGGGACGGCACAGGGCCACGCUCUGUGGCAGCUGGCACAUACUCACUCAGGUCACAGAAUACUUUCAUACUGAUUGUCCCUCCUUGGGCGGGGGAAGCUACCGGAUGAGAACCCUUAGGCUCAGAGUGGAACAGAGCCCAGCCCCAGGCCCCUGGGCACCUAAGGCCAGGGGCCUGGAAGAAGGCCUCCGAGUUCUGGCCCCCACCCUCCGUGCCCACCUUCCCCGGGCUUGUCGGCAAUGGCUGUCUUAUUCUCGUUGUCCUCAGGCUUGGUCACCACCAUGGAGGUCAGUGGAGUCACGAAGUGGUACUUGAGGGACAGGUCCAAGGCCUGGGCUGUGAGGUUCUCCUUCUCCUCGCCAUGGCCCUUCUUGCUGUGGGGAGGGGCGGGGUGGGAGGGUCAGCCCAGGACCCUCCUCCACCCCUCCCAAUGGGGUCCCCCAGGAUAGAGCCCACUAGCACUCAGAAAAAACUGGUUCACCAGCUCCCUGGGACAGACGGACAUGCCCUGAUUCCUCUCUGGACCUCAGUUUCCCCACCUGAAAAAUACAAGGGGCUCAAGAUGGCCACUGCAACAAUCAGUCAUGAUAGUGUUCACAUGCUGAGCGCCAGCGGCUUUCCUGGCCAAGCCCACUUAACGGAAGGCUGACAUGGCCCUCUCGCAUGGGCCCAAGCUCUGCUCCCUGUGGCUGAGGGCUGGGGUCCCAGCCUCUGGUUGUGUUCAACGUCAACAUCUCUGUGGGCCCAUGCUGGGUGCGGGGAACAGGAUGCUGAGGCCCACCCCUGCCCUCGAGGUGCUCCCAGGCUGCUGCUUGAGCCCCAGAUGAUGGACCCGGCUCUACUCCAGGAAAAACAGGCCAUGGGGCCUGGCCAAGAAGAGGGCAGGACAGCUGGAGUGGGCGUGGAGGUGCACUUCCUGGGGUGUAAUUUCCUCCUCGUGGGCUCCCCCGGAGCACAGCCAGCACAGGGGGCGUCACAGCUGCCAGGCGCCCAGCCACCACAAUCUCAGAGCCGUCGUAGAAGUGCUGGUAACUGUUCCGGGUGAGGUCCAGGAUGGCAUUCUUAGGGUACUCCACCUCCACAUCUGUCAGCAGCGGGUUGGCCACCUCCUCAUAGAAGCCCUGGAGUCCAGGUAGGGGGCCUGGUCAUCUCAGGCCACCAGGGCGGGCAGAGAGCGGACAGGGGGGGCAGGCUCCCACUGGCGCCUCUGCGGGUUGUUGAGUCUCCCGGGCUGGGCCAGUCCUGGCUCCUGAUCUCCACUUCCACGUGGCCCUGACUGUGCCCUUCAGUUUGGGGGAGCCCUUCCUCAUCGCGUUCCCCCCUCCCCCCAGGUAGAGACUGGGAGGAAUAGAAAAGGAAAGGACAGAGUUCUUGGCACAUAGAAAGGACUCAAGAAAUGUUUGUUAGAGCGAAAGUAAGAAGAAAGGGUGGAGGCCGACUAAAGAAGGCGAUGUGGGGUGAGAGCAUGGAGACCCGGAGACUGACAGGAGGAAAGCCGGGGGGUCCACUGCAGAGGUGGAGAAGCAGUCACCUGUGCCAGGGAGGAGGGGGAGGGUACCAGAUUUAGCAAAUGAAAAUACAGGGCAUGAGUUAAACUUGAAUAUCAGGUAAAUGACAAGUUACUUUUUAGUAUAAGUACAGCUGUCAUGGGAUGAAUUGUGUACCCUCAACAUACAUGGGUUAAAAUCCUUACCCCCAGUACCUCAGGGCAUGACCUUAUUUGGGGAAAGGGUCUUUACAGAGGUAAUCAAGUUAAAAUGAAGUGUUCAGGACAGACUCCAAUCCAAUACGACUGGUGUCCCUAUGAAAGGGGGAAAUUUGGACCCAGAGACAGACAUGCACACGGAGAAGAUGAUGUGAAGAUACAGGGAGAAAAUGGCCAUCUACAGGCCAAGGAGAGAGGCCUGGAAGAGAUCCUUCCCUCGCAGCUCUCAGAAGGAGCCAGCCAUGCCGACACCUUGAUUUUGGACUUCUAGCCUCCAGAACUGUGAGACAAUAAAUUCCUGUUGUGGAAGCCACCCAGUUUAUGGUAAUUUGUUAAGGCAGCACUAGUAAACUAAUACAGUGUCCUAUGCAAUAUCUGGAGCAUGCUUGCUAAAAAAUUAUUUGCUGUUUAUGAGAAAUUCAUAUUUAACUGGAUGUCUUCUGUUUGAUCUGGCAGUUCUACAGAGGAAGCAGGUCUGUUCUGUGUAGCCCACAGACAAAAUCAGAACCAGUAUAGAUGGGUAAGAGAUAACCAGAGGUAGAUUUCAACCCAAGAGGAAGUUCUUUCUAAUAACCAAAAUUGUCACACAGUGGAACAGUUUCCUGAGGAAGUAGUGAGCGCCUCAUUCCCAGAGGUGUGCAAGACAAGGCGUACCUGCAACUGCAAGUUGGCAUCGGAAUCCUCAUAAAUGCGGCGGGCAAGCCCAUGGUUCUCCAGGGCCAUACGCUCCAGGAAGUUAUAAUUCAGAUUGUUGCCAAAGCCCAGGUUAUAUAAGGGGAACUUGCCACCAAUGGCGUUCCGCACAUUCUCUUGGAUUUUUUCAGGUCUGCUUUCACCUGCAGGAGAAGGAGGUGUUCACGCUCCAGCCACAGCCCUGGCAGCUGUCAGGAGAAGCUCUGUCUGGACAGAUCUGACUCCUACACGUGCAGAGUUGGCGGAGUCAUGGCCACCAGCCCUUGUAGAGGCAGAUGUGGGAAGGCCUGGCAGGGAGACAGGGCCCUGCCACUGAGGGGCUCACAGACCAUGGGGGACCCUGGAGAGAGCUGCCCAAGGUCUUGCAGCACGCCAGCUACAGAGCCAGGAGCAGCAGCCAGAAUUACACCCGCUGCCUCACCCACAUUGGCGUCCCCGUCGGUCAACAUGAUGACGAUGGAGGUGCUCCUCUCCGGGACUCUGUACUCCUCCCGGGCCUUGUUCAGCAUGCUGAUGCCCCUCAGCAGCGCGUCGUUGAUGUUGGUCACUGGCACACAGACAGACAGACGGCACCGUGGGAGGGUGUCCUCAGGGUGCCAGGGUGGAGGAGGUCGAGACAGCAGGCCCUGCUUACGUGCCCAGGGACCCUGCCUGCCCAUGUGUGGUGGUACUCAGUAAAUAUCGACUGAAUGACUCAGUGAGUGAUGAAUGAAUGACUUAGUCUUUCAAAUGAGUAAAAGGACCAGCCUCUCAGGGCUGCCGGAAGGAUAGAUGCACAUGGUGAUUGUAAGAGCAAUUUGGAGAACAGUCAAAUGGACUCCCAGCUCCUCUCACAGGGAGGAGUGGGGAACAGUAUAGACGUCACUUGUCAUCUUUCAUACAAAACUGCCAUGGAUAAGGGUAUCUUGCUGGGGCUGAUGGGGCACCAGGAUCACAGGUUAGAAACAGAAAGAAUGGGUUUCCGUAGACCACAGAGAAGACACCCCAGUAUCAAGCCUGAGGACUCCCCACUCCCACUUCUACCCCGAGCCAGGGGCUGCAGGACCUGGACCAGCAGAGUCUCUGCCCCAAGGCAGGAGGGAAACAGACUGCUCAGGCAGAGAGGAGUGGCAGGAUGUGGCUCCCUCCCCUCUGUUCUUACUUCCUUGAUCACGAAUAUUCAUCACAAAUUUCCUGGCCUCCUGGAUGUUCUCAGGAGUGGCUUGAACUAAAGUGUCUUUCCAAGUGGUCACACCUCCACUGAACAGGAUGAAAUUCAGGUAGUCAUCCUCUUUCACAUCCUCCAGAAUUUUGAGGAGGGCAUCCUUUGUCUGGGAAGGAGAAAGACAAGCAGACAAGAAGAUGUCUUCCCAGCCUAUGCUGGCGGUGAGGCCCAUGCCAUCUGCAAGAAAAGGGGCAGAUGAUUUGUGCCUUUUUAGAAUCCUGUCCCCCUUUCUCCUCUUUCACUGGAAAUAUUAGCUUCGUCCACUUUUUAAAAAUCUCUCUCUCCCUCCCACACGUCUCACCCCCACCCCCUUGCACCAAGGAGAAUACCUGCUCCAUUUUCCGACCGUGCAUGGAGCCACUGACAUCAAUCACGAAGAUCACGUUCUUGGGCACCACCGGAAGGCCUUGAGGUGCAAAGAAGUGCACAAAGUAGCCAUUGACGAUCUGGAAAGGGGAGAGAGAGAGGGGAGGCUAGUGUCCCUUCAGCAACCUCACGUUGGCUGCACUUGCAAAUAGAAAGCAGCCGUUAACCAGCCCAAAAUAAAGAUGUCCUUUCCACCCCUCCAGGGGUGCCACACGAAGGCUCUGGACUACCCAUCGUCCCCACGCCUUGCAGGAAACUCAUCCUUGGGCUGAGGAUCAAGGGUGUCUCACUAGAUGAAGCUGCAGCCCCUCCCCGCAUCAGCCUUCACCCCACCAUGGUGGGGAAUCUACCAGCCUGGCAGAGCCAGUCGGUGGGUACCUACCUGCACGUUGGCUGGAGACUCUCUGUUCACGUCAUAGGUGAUGAUAAAAUCUCCUUUGAGGAGGGAGUCCGUACAGGUUGGGCAUGAACGUUGUUGAUCCAAGCUGGGCUUGAAGGACACGUGGCCCUGAGGGAGGUUGAUGGCCAGCCUUGCUCAGCUUGACCAGGGCCUGCCCUCUGCAGACCUCAGCCCGAGGCUGCCCUGGGGAGCAAGGUGCAGUCCUCAUGGCGAGGAGCCUGUAGCCAAAUCCCCAGGUUCAGACUCGCCCUGCUAGGGUCAGUGUUCCUGCACCUGCCCCCCAGGCCCGAGGGGCAUCUACACCACCUUUUUCCCUGAGAAGGACUUGGUGAGGGCGCUGCUCAAGAGGUCAUUGGUGAUGAAUGAGGCUUCAGCAUCCAGCGUUCUGAUGCCCUGGGGCUCGAAGAUGUCUGCUGUGAUCUGAGAUGGCGAAAGGGUAGGUAACACCAUCAACGGUCCUGCAGGGAUAGAGAGCUGCUGGGGGACUCAUGCUGAGCCAGACUCCUCUCCCAGCCCAGAGCCAGCAGUCGUGGUGACACCCACAAGGUGAAGUUGGUGAUGAAGGCUGUCUUGGGCAGCUCCACAUCGAAAGAAACCUCCUUGGCAGUGUCUGCAUGGUUGACGGCCCCGGUGGUGACGACAUUGUGAGCGAAGCGGGAGGUCACCUUGCAGUGGACCUUGGUGCUGUAGACUUCGAUGCCAUCGACCACCUGCGGGAGAGGUGAUCAGCAGAUGGUGACCAGCCAGCCUGAGGCACCUGGAAACCAGGUCUUCCUCCUGGCCUCUCCCCUUCAAGCUCCCCUUUGUGGGCUCCAAAGCUCCUGCCUGGCCCUUGUUUCCUAUCUGAGGGCAGUGCAUGGGGAGGGCCUUCGUGCCCCCAAAAACCCUCUUUCCAACGGGGUGACGGACCAAGGGACGCUCUAGGGAGACGUCUGGGUUAAACAUGGAUAUAAAGAUGCUUCGUGAAGGCGUGACAGGGCCAUUCACUGUGUGUCUCCUGCCCUGUGCAUGGAGCCUGACAAGUGCUCGCCUUUUUGCAGGACAAGCCUUCACCGGGACCCUCUUUGGAACUCUGAGCCUUGUAGGCCACGUUGGAGGUGGGCCUAUCCUGGUGACCCGCUGCAAAGCUGACCCAGGGGACAUGACCUCCAGGAAUUUCAAGUCCACGUCAUGGCCGAAGCCCAAGUUGUAGAGUGGGAACUUGCCCCUGAUGGCAUCUCGGACAUUCUUGAGGAUUUGGGCACGAUCCGUCACCCCUGCAGCCACACAGCCAGGGUGGCCUGCAGCCCUUGUCUGCAGCCAUGCUGAGAAGUCUCUGAGGGCUCAGCCAUCCCACGCACCUCUUUCCCUGAGAAGGACUUCUUGAUGAGCUGGGCGGCCAGUUCCUUGCGGAGGAAGGAGGCCUGGGCAUCCAGCUUGCUGAUCCCCCGGGGCUCAAAGAUGUCCACGUCGAUCUGUGGCAUUGAAGCAGUUCCUGUACCAAGGCUCCCAUUUGGGAGCCAUCAUCAAGUCUCAGCCAAGAGCCAACGUAUAUCCUGACCACCUACUGUGUGCAGCACCCACCCAGCUCUCAGCACAGGGCCUGGUUGUAGGCACUCCAAACAUAUUGGCCAAAUGAAAGUGUGCAUGCCUGAGCCCCUCAACUCGGCCACCACUAAGGUGCCAGUAACAAUUACAGCCCCUCAGGCUGCCCAGGACUUCCUGGUUUACAAACUCCCUGGACAUUCAAUAUCUCUCAUAUCCUUGCGGCAGUUCUGGGACAUGCAAAACCCCCAUUUGACAGAUGAGCAAGCCAAGGCUCAGAAGGAGGAGGAAGUUGGAGGGUUCGGGGAGCCCCCUGCCCACGAAGAGCCAUCAGAGCCCACCCUGAGGAGUCAGUCCCCUCCCUGUGUGCUCAGGCCCAGGGCUGCACACGGUGGGUGCCGAACCAACGCUCAGAGCUGCGGAGAGGGAGGCAGGAGCCCAGCUCCUGAGACCUUGCCCCUGCACGUGGCCACCAGCGAUCUACCUCAAAAUGCUGCACCAGCUGCUUGGGCUUGACCUUGAUGACAAUGUCAUACUGCAUAAGCUUUCGCUUCAGCACCUCCUCGUAGGUCAGCCGGAACGUGGCCUUGUUCCGGGGACCAAUGGUGACCUGGAUGGCAAACUGCUCCAUCGUUCUCCCCGAGGCCCUGGAUGUGCCACCAGUGGCAACAACAAACAGACAAAUGAUUUGGUGGCAGUGGUGGGAUCCAAAGGAAACUUCUGAGGGCUUUGAGGACAAGAAACACAAGCACUGGUACCCUCAAAUCCUCUGAGUUCUCUUUCUCGCCACUUCCAAAGGCCAUGGGUAGCUCUUUGGCCAGAAAUUGGCCAAAUUGGAAGCUGAUAUUCAGAGCCUGUUCACAGAGAGGCAUUCUGACACUGCCCACCUGUGAAUGGCUGCAGAAAAUAAGAAAUUAACACAUCCCCUUCCUGAUGAGGGGCAAGCAAGGAGAUAUUUUGCAAGACAAAUGGCCUUUUUACUUCCUCACCUCUUCCUCCUCUCUGUUCUAUAAAAGAAACUGGCAUCCAGACCUGGAUAAGACGGUUUUUUGGGGUACACUUGUCUGCCAUCUUCUCAGUCCUCCAGCUUUCCGAAUAAAGUCUCUAUUCCUUGCCUCAACACCUCAUUUCCCGAUUUACUGGCCUGUCGUGCAGUGAGCAGAGCGAGCUUGGACUCAGUAACAACAUCACCUACUGUGGGGUGGUGCCCCCUCCCUUUUUGAUCCCUGAGGAGCCUUUCUGUGCAUGUGUAGUCAGGGAGGUCUCCUUGACCUUGAGAAUGAGAAAUAUGUGGGCUUUUUAUCUUUUUUUUUAACUUUUAUUUAUUUAUUUAUAUUUAUUUUGGCUGCGCCGGGCCUUAGUUGCAGUGCAGGAUCUUUGUUGAGGUCUGAGGGAUCUUUAGUUGUGGCACGUGGACUCUUUGUUGCGGCAUGCAGGCUUCUUAGUUGCAGCACGCGGACUUCUUAGUUGCCGCGUGUGAACUCUCAGUAGCGGCAUGUAUGCGGGAUCUAGUUCCCGGACCAGGGAUUGAACCCGGGCCCCCGGCAUUGGAAGUGCAGAGAUUUACCCACUGGACCACCAGGGAAGUCCCUCUUUAUCUGGGCAGGACUCAGCUCUUCUCUGGCCCUGCCAUUACUGUUUUCUUUUUUUUUUUUUAAUUUUUACUGGAGUAUAGUUGAUUUACAAUGUUGUGUUAGUUUCAGGUGUACAGCAAAGAGCAGAAUGAAUCAGUUAUACACAUACAUACAUCAACUCUGUUUUUUUUUUAGAUUCUUUUCCCAUAUAGGCCAUUACAGAGUAUUGAGUAGAGUUCUCUGUGCUAUACAGCAGGUUCUUAUUAGUUAUCUAUUUUAUAUAUAGUAGUGUGUAUAUGUCAGUCCCAAUCUCCCAAUUUAUCCCUCCCCUCCCCCCCUUAUCCCCUGGUAACCAUAAGUUUGUUUUCUACAUCCAUGACUCUACUUCUGUUUUGUAAAUAAGUUCAUUUAUACCUUUUUUUUUUUUUUUUUAGAUUCCACAUAUAAGCAAUAUCAUAUCAUAUUUGUCUUUCUGUGUCUGACUUACUUCACUUAGCAUGACAAUCUCUAGGUCACUAGAGGCAAAGUCCAGCUAUUUGCCCUGUUCCUGUUGUUAUUUCUGUCUGGAAGUGUAAACAGGAGGCUGGCUGUAAAUGUCUAACCUGGAGCCCAUCUAUCUCCUGCCUCAGAACGUCAAAAGAUUAUUGCUAAUCACAAGGAACAGAUGCCUCAGGUCAAUGAUUGGAGUGCUUUCCUACGUAUGGGAAGACGCAAGAAUCUGGGUUCAUAGAAAUUAUGCCUUAGAAAUGCAUCUUAACUAUCUAAUGCCAAUAUCCAAAGCGCAGAAUGCCUCCUGUUUUUCCCCAUCCUGAAUUACCCUCAGGGAGCACCGUGGGCUGCUGUAGCUAACGGCUGGAUCCUUGUAGAACUGGGAUGGUGGGCAACAUUGUUCACUGGAAUGGCAGGCAAAAUUCCCUGUCCACAAGCACUUAUAUGAAUUAAGGAUUCCUAAAACUCUCAGAAAUAUAAAAACUAACCCAAAUGUUUUUCAAGUUCAU